AUGAAGAACAAAGGCAUGACACGUAACAAGAGGGAGAGAUCAGAAGCUGAAAACGGAGGUGGAGCAGAGUCGAACGCUGAGAAGACGGAAAAGGUAGCUUUGAUGACAUCUAACAUUAGGUCAACAUCUUCAAAGCGUCUUGCUUGUUACUUUCAUGUGGGUGGGAAGUUUGCAGAAAAUGGUGAUGGUGAAGUUAAGUACUAUGGUGGAACUGUCAGGGUAAGAGUGAUCAAGGAGGGUAUAAGGCUUGAAGAUUUGAGGGUUAUGAUAGGAGAAUGGUUUGGUGUAGGUAGUAAUGGUUGCGACAUUAAAUACACAUUGGGCUUGAAUGAUAGGAUAUUAAUAGAUCUUAUUGAUGAUGAUGAAGUUGACAACCUAUUUGAGUAUAAUGAUAGUAAUGCACAUGUUUACGUAGCAGCUAAAGGUAAUGAGAAUACGGAGGAAGAAGUGGCUGAUCGAAACAGCAUGUCAAAAUUGUCAGGACUGUCACAGCAAAAUGAUGAGCCAAUGAUUGAGGAUGCUGUCGAAUGUGUGAAUUACAUAGCAGCUGAAAAUGUUCUUAGCCUGCCAUAUGCAGUAGAGAGUGCACCAACUCCUUUGCCAGGAAUGAAUUCCUUGAAAUGGAAGACAGUAUUGUUAGGAUUGAGGCAGACUUUUCCAGAUGCGGAUGAUUUCAAGAAGAAACUACACAAAUUCAGCAUUGCAAACAAAUUUGAGUAUAAAUAUGUGAAGAAUUCUAAUGCCCAUAUGUAUGUCAAAUGCAAUGUUGAAGGUUGUCCAUGGAGGAUCAGUGCAAGAGCAGCUGCAAAGAGUACUCCAGCAUUUUUACGUGUAACGACAUUCAAAAAUGAGCAUGUUCAUAAUGCCCAAGACAAUCUUCAUGUGACACAUGGUGGAUCAGCUAGCUUGACAUCAUCAAUUAUAAUUGAAGAGGCCAAGGAAAAAGCGUUGGAGGACAUACAUGGCAGACCUGAUCAUUCUUACAUGCUUAUUCCAUGGAUAUGUGACCGGUUAAAGGAAACCGAUGACAAAACAGUGGCAAAAUGGGUGGCUGCAAGGAACAACAGAUUUGAGCGUGUAUUCAUAGCCUAUGGGUGUUGUAUAGAGGGUUUUAUUGCUGGUGCUAGACAUGUACUGUAUAUUGAUGGAAGUCAUUUAAGUGGACCGUAUAAGGGGACACUACUUUCAGCGUCGGCUUAUGAUGCGGACAACGAAUUAUUACCUUUUGCCAUUGCGAUUGUGAAGGGAGAGACGCUUGAGGAUUGGACAUGGUUCUUACAUAUGAUCAAGGAGAUAGUUGGGUCAAUGCAAUUAACAAUCAUUUCAGACCGACACAAUGCAAUUAUAGGUGCUGUGCAAGCAAUAUUCGGAGGUGAGCGACAUGCGUACUGUUACAGACAUGUUAAGGAGAAUUUUAGUACACAAAUGAUCAAGUUAAAUAGAGGAAGAAGGAAGACAAGUGGCAACACAAGGGAGGAUGGACUGCAUUUCCUAGAUGCCAUUGCAUAUGCAAGGCUUGACACAGAGUUUGAUCAAGCAAUGGAUAACAUGAGACACUUCAAUUCCCAAUUAUUUGAAUGGCUUGUCAAUCAUGGUGAUAUUCACAAGUGGGCCUUAAGCAAGUUCCCUUUUAAACGAUGGGACAACAUAACAACAAACCUUACAGAGUCAUUCAAUGCGUGGAUACUAAAGGAGAGAAGAUAUAAUGUUGCCCAACUUAUACAUGAGCAUCGUGAAAAAGUAGCCAAGAAGAUGUAUGCAGCAAGCAUGGCAAUGAGCAAAUGGAAGAAUGGUGUAGGCCCAAAUACAAAUGCAACAUUGAUGAAAAUGUGGCGAGAUUUGCACAGAUGUUAA